AUGUUUACAUGUGGAGACAAAAGACUUGCUAGAGAUGGAGAAAUUAGAACAAGUGGAAGUGAGAGAUUGAAGAGUAAUGCACCCAAAAAUGUGCCUUUACCCCCUUCUAGUGUUUCCGUAGAAUCAAACUCGAAAAAAAGAAGAAGUGGAAGUGAGGGUGGAAGUUCAUCUAGAAAUCUUAUUGAGAGGGCAUUCAAUGUUGGGGUGCGAGAAGAAUUGAACCACUUGAUUGCUAGGAUGUUUUAUUCAGCAGGAUUGCCAUUCACUUUAGCAAGGAACCCAUACUUUCAAGCAGCCUUCACUUGUGUUGCGGAUAAUAAUAUUGGAGGUUAUUUGCCACCAGGAUAUAACUCCUUGCGAACCACUCUUUUGCAGAAAGAGAAGGAAAAUAUUGAUAGGUUGUGUGCACCUAUUCGAGCUGGGUGGAAAGACAAGGGUGUUAGUAUUGUGAGUGAUGGAUGGAGUGAUUCACAAAGGAGGCCACUUAUUAAUUUCAUGGCAGUAUCUGAUGGUGAAGCUAUGUUUUUGAAAUCAGUAGAUUGUUCAGGAGAGACUAAGGAUAGGCAUUUUAUUAGGAUGUUGUUAAAAGAAGUAAUUCAAAAAGUUGGGCAUGAAAAAGUGGUUCAAGUAAUCACGGAUAAUGUUACAAAUUGUAUGGGAGCAGGGUAUCUUAUUGAGCAAGAAUUUCCAUCUAUUACUUGGACACCAUGUGUUGUUCACACACUGAAUUUAGCUGUGAAAAAUAUUUGUGCUGCAAAAAAUGUGGAGAAUAAUCAAAUAGCAUAUGAGGAAUGUAGUAGGAUUUCUGAUAUUGUUGGAGAUGUUUCUACAAUAAAGCACUUCAUAAUGAAUCAUUCUAUGAGACUGUCAAUGUUUAAUGAGUUUGUGGGAUUGAAGUUGCUUUCUAUAGCUGAAACCCGCUUUGCUUCCGUGAUUGUAAUGCUAAAGAGGUUCAAAUUGAUAAAAUGUGGUCUCCAAAAUAUGGUAAUCAGUGAAAAAUGGAGUUUGUAUAAAGAUGAUAAUCUAGGACGGGCAAGAAUGGUUAAAGAUAAGAUUUUGGAUGAUCUUUGGUGGGAUUCAAUUGAUUAUAUACUUGCUUUCACUGCUCCUAUUUAUAAUAUGAUUAGGAUUUGUGACACUGAUAAACCUUGUCUUCAUUUGAUUUAUGAUAUGUGGGAUGAGAUGAUUGUAAAAGUGAAGAAAGCUAUAUACUUUCAUGAAUUGAAGAGGAUGGAUGAGACCUCAACUUUUUAUGAGGUGGUGCAUGGCAUUCUUGUGGAUCGUUGGACCAAACAUUCAACUCCACUUCAUUCUUUGGCACAUGCUUUGAAUCCCAAAUACUAUAGUGAAAAAUGGCUUAAUGAAGAUCCUAGUCGAGUUCCUCCCCACAAGGAUUUAGAGAUUAAUCAAGAAAGACAAAAAUGCUUAAAGAGAUAUUUUCCUAACUUGGAGGACCGAAAUAAAAUAAAUUUGGAGUAUGUGGACUUUGCUAGUAUAAGUGGAGGUUUUAGAGAUUAUGAUGCCAUGCAUAAUUGGUAUUCUAUGGAGCCCAAAGCUUGGUGGGUGCUUCAUGGUGCUUGUUCACCUAUGCUUCAAAAGAUAGCAUUGAAUAAGAUGACUCCAAAACGUGCUGAAGACUUGGUUUAUAUACAUAGCAACCUUAGGCUCUUAUCAAGAAAGACUUCACAAUAUACACAAUGGGAUAAUAGAAUGUGGGACAUUGCUGGAGAUACAUUUGAAGAUGUUGGAAUUCUUGAAGUUGCUACUCUUUCACUUGAUGAGCCAGAGAUUGAGUCAAAUGUUAUUCUAGAUGAAAAUGUUCCAUGA